AUGGCAGCCACUUUGUCAUUUCGCUGGCUUGAAAUUCUCGAAAAGGAGUUCGAUAAAUCAUUUGUUGAUUUGGACUUACUACUUGGAGAGAUAGAUCCAGACCAAUGUGAACUCACUUUUGAAGGGCGUCAAAAAAUGACAGCAUUAAGUGCCGCAUUCGCUCAAUUGUGUCACAAAUCACAAACCAUUUUUCAGUCAAAUGCCAAAAUAGAAGCACAACUGUUGGAUAUGAGAUCCAGCUUAGCCCAGAUUAAAGCCUCUAAGACAAUGCUAGAGAAGGAACUGGGCGAUGUUUUACUCCAGCUACACUCAUCCGAGUUACAAAGACAAGCAGAGAAAGGUGUGGAAAUUGACUCCUCGGUCAUCAAAAAGAAAGUGGAAGAGGAAAUGGAAAAGAGAAAAUCUAAAACAUCUAAUUUACUCAUAAUGGAGUCGGAGAUGGCUGAACUUCGACGAGAAAACGAUGAACUUCGUCAGUAUGUGUUGGCGCUACAAGGAGAAGUGUAUGGGGCAAGGCUUGCAGCAAAGUACCUGGAUAAGGAGCUGGCAGGGAGAAUACAACAAAUUCAGCUGCUGGGAAGAGAUAUGAGAGGAGCAGAGCAUGAUCGGCUAUGGAACCAACUGGAGGCUGAGAUCCAUCUCCAUCGCCACAAAACAGUGAUAAGGGCAUGUCGUGGACGAACUACACGCAAAAAGAAGCUUCCUGUUCCUGCAGGACAUGACUUCCAAUCACUCAGGAAACAGCAUGGACUGGGAGAUGUUCGUAAGGUCGUUCUUAACAAAGGGGAAGAUGAUGGACUGGGGUUGUCCAUAACGGGAGGUAAAGAACAUGGUGUUCCUAUUUUGAUAUCGGAGAUCCACGAGGGACAGCCAGCGGAGAGGUGUGAGUCACUUUAUGUAGGUGACGCUAUCUUAUCAGUGAAUCAAAUAGACCUACGCAAUGCCAAACAUGCUGAGGCUGUUCAAGUGUUGUCACAACAGCAAGGGGAGAUAGAAUUGGAGGUCAUGUUCGUCGCACCAGAUGAAGACAGCGACGAAGAUAAUAAUGAGUAUGAUGAUGAAAAUGGCUUUCGUUACCGUAUCUAUGAUGAGGAGGUACUAAGCAGUGGUAGUGAGGUUGACCGUCGAGAACAAAACAAGAUGCAUCAGUCAGGGUCGGCAUCAGCUGAUGGUCAGCCAAUGUCACCAUCUACCCCGAAGUCUCCCAUGUCAACAAAUACUAGUCCUGGAAGGCCAACUUUAGGGAGCAAUUCUCCUCAAAAGAGCCCUAUACGUGAGAAUGGACCACAUAGCCCAGAACAACUUCAAGUUGGCUCACUGCAGUCCAAUAAUAUACAGGGGGAGGGGCCAGAGGAAGCCCCAACAUUCAACAGUGACUAUCGAUAGGCCCCAGACAUGCAUAAUCUACUUUAAUUUAAUAUCAUGUGUUUUUAUUGUGUAAUCAAGAGGGAUCAAUCUUACUAUUAAAGAUGGAGCCAAGGUUUGUCCAGGUUUAGUUACAGUAAAAUCUAGCUUUAUCUGUCAUGUUUUUUGAAAGGAAAUCUUUUCAUUAAAAAAUUGAAAUAAAUUGGAUGAUAAAUCAUGAUCUGCUGUGCAUGAACUUGACCCUAAAAAGUCACACCAAAUUUGUGUUAGAUCUGUAAAAGGGAGAAGUCAGGAAAAAUACCCUGCCACCACUGGGGUUCAAACUAGUGACCCUUCAGUCUCUUGCCGGACACUAUUGCUUGAAUGAAGGAAAAUUCCCACUAGCCAAGACAUGUAAAGUGACCUGUACUCUCAACUUCUACAGAACUAAAACAGUCAUGAGAAUCUCCACUAGUUUGUACUAAGAUCAUGUCAAUGUUGCCAGUGGUGAUAACCUGGUAAACAUGUGAUAUGCUUUUAUAAAAAUUGUUACUGAUUGUAAAUUGAUAUAUAACUAUUCAUUUGUUGGAUAAUCCUUGGCUUUAUCAGGGCUUUACAGUGUGAACAAGACUUUGGAGAA